AGACCAGGGUGAAGCUCAACUACUUGGAUCAGAUCGCCAAGUUCUGGGAGAUCCAGGGCUCUUCCCUCAAGAUUCCCAAUGUGGAGCGGCGCAUCCUGGACCUCUACAGCCUCAGCAAGGUGGUGAUGGAGGAGGGGGGGUACGAGGCCAUCUGCAAGGACCGGCGCUGGGCCCGCGUCGCUCAGCGCCUCUCCUACCCGUCGGGGAAGAACAUCGGCUCCCUGCUGCGGGCCCACUACGAGCGCAUCAUUUACCCCUAUGAGAUGUACCAGUCUGGAGCCAACCUGGUGCAGUGCAACACGAGGCCCUUUGAGAGCGAGGAGAAGGACCGGGAGUACAAACCCCACAGCAUCCCCUUGCGCCAGUCGGUCCAGCCCUCCAAGUUCAACAGCUACGGCCGGCGGGCCAAGCGGCUGCAGCAGGAGCCGGAGCCCACGGAAGAGGACAUCGAGAAGAACCCGGAGCUGAAGAAGCUGCAGAUCUAUGGGGCCGGCCCCAAGAUGUUGGGCUUGGGGCUGGUGGCCAAAGACAAGACCCUGCGGAAGAAAGACAAGGACGGCCCCGAGUGCCCCCCCACGGUGGUGGUCAAGGAGGAGCCGGUGCCCCCCGAACCCAAGGCCGAGGGGGGCUCCCCCCCCCCCAGGACCUACCUGGAGGAGAAGGAGGAGCUGCGGCACAGCCCCGAGCCCUGCACCAAGAUGACGAUGCGCCUGCGCCGCAGCCACAGCAACAGCCAGUUUGUGGAUUCCUAUAUCUGCCGUAUCUGCUCGCGGGGGGACGAGGAUGACAAGCUGCUGCUGUGCGAUGGCUGCGAUGACAACUACCACAUCUUCUGCCUCCUGCCCCCCCUGCCCGAGAUCCCCAAGGGAAUCUGGCGCUGCCCCAAAUGCGUCAUGGCGGAGUGCAAACGACCCCCGGAGGCCUUCGGCUUCGAGCAGGCCACGCGGGAAUACACGCUGCAGAGCUUCGGGGAGAUGGCCGAUGCCUUCAAAGCCGAUUACUUCAACAUGCCCGUCCACAUGGUCCCGACGGAGCUGGUGGAGAAGGAGUUCUGGCGCCUGGUGAACAGCAUCGAGGAGGACGUGACGGUGGAGUACGGCGCCGACAUCCACUCCAAGGAGUUCGGCAGCGGCUUCCCCAUCAGCGACGGCAAACGCAAGCUCUCCCCCGAGGAGGAGGAAUACGCCGGUAGCGGUUGGAACCUGAACGUGAUGCCGGUGCUGAAGCAGUCGGUGCUGUGCCACAUCAACGCCGACAUCUCCGGGAUGAAGGUGCCCUGGCUCUACGUGGGCAUGGUCUUCUCGGCCUUCUGCUGGCACAUCGAGGACCACUGGAGCUACUCCAUCAACUACCUCCACUGGGGGGAGCCCAAGACGUGGUACGGGGUCCCCUCCUUCGCUGCCGAGCACCUCGAGGAGGUGAUGAAGAAGCUGACGCCGGAGCUGUUCGAGAGCCAACCGGACCUCCUGCACCAGCUCGUCACCCUCAUGAACCCCAACACCCUCAUGGCCCACGGGGUGCCGGUGGUCCGCACCAACCAAUGCGCCGGUGAGUUCGUCAUCACCUUCCCCCGCGCCUACCACAGCGGCUUCAACCAGGGCUACAACUUCGCCGAGGCCGUCAACUUCUGCACCGCCGACUGGGUGAGUCCCUGCACCCCCAAACUACAGGGGGGGCCCCAAAACGCACCCAAACCCCUUUAA